CGGCAAAAAAACACAGAGAGCCAAAAAAGAAGAAAAGAAAAAACACAACAAAAAAUCAAAGCAGAAAAAAACAAGAACUAUUCGUGGCAACGCGGCACUGUGAGCAGACAACUAAUAAAAAUUAAGCAGCUCUAAAUUAGAAAUAAAAAGAAAUUUUCAAUAAAAAUUAAAAGAAAUUAAAAAAAAAAAUAUAACAAAUAAAAAAGGAAAUAUAUAAAUUUGUUUGAAAAAUGCUUUGAAAACUAAUAAAAGUGAUUUGUUUUAAAAUUUGGUUGAAAAUACUAAGAGGCUGUGAAUAAAUCAAUAAAUUUUAAUGUAUUGAAAGCAUAUAACAUAAAAAUUAAAAAAAUUUCAUAGAAAAAUUAAGUGAAAAUUAUAAAAUUAUUAAAAAAUAUUGUGUAAAGAAACAAAUUGCUGUUUUCUGGUGAAAAAUAAACAGCGGCCAGUCAAUAAAUUUCUCCCCUUUUGGCUGUGUCGUCUGCCCUUUUCACAUUGUUGUAUUCCUUGGCGUGGGAGUACUUUGUAUUCUAAACUACAGCUGCUGAAGUUUAUGGUUGUAUUUGCUGGGUCUUUUGUGUCUGCUGCCUUCGUCUACUGCUGCUGCCUUUCCAGCUCUUGUGUGUUAAAUUUUGUUGCUGCUGGAUUUAAAUUUAUUUACUUUAUUUAGUUGAUUAAUUCCUAUCGCACAUUAUCUCUUUUUCACGUUUUUACACUAAGAUCUCUCUGAUAAAAUAAAAAAGAUUCCUCCUCUCAAGCGGUUGAGUAACAACAACGUGUUCGUGCUGUUUAUUUUGUGUUACGGUUUCUUGUUUAAUUCAUUUAAAUUAAAAAUACCAAAAAAAAAAAUUAUUUAAUAUUAAUUUAAUAUUGAAGAAAAUCUAAAUAAAAAAUACAAAACCAACCAAUCCCUCCCCUAUUAAACGUGUUAAAGUUACAACCACCCAACAACCCUCUUUAAAAUUACGGAAAAUACCUACUACACAAGAUUUAUUACUUCUAUAACAUUUUUAUUGGUUUUUUGUUAAUUUCAUUACUACAACGUUUUCCUCUUCCAAAUCUUCAUUAUGUCUUUAAUGCAGCAGCUGUUAAAUUAUAAAUAUUUAACCCAAGAACAUCUUAAUGGUUUCGAUCAUUACCAAUACAGUGCACGCGAUACAUCACCAUUGAGUGUGUAUGUAAUGCAUCCCUUUUGGAAUUGGACCGUCAAGUUCUUUCCACGAUGGUUGGCACCAAAUGUCAUGACAUUUUUGGGUUUUCUCUGUACCGCUAUGAACUUCUUUCUGCUUUCCUAUUAUGAUUGGAAUUUCUUUGCCAGUUCUGGUCUAGAAGGCACAACACCCAUACCCUCUUGGGUUUGGCUAUGUACAGCCAUCAACAUUUUCCUGGCCUAUACAUUAGACGGCAUUGAUGGUAAACAGGCGAGACGUAUAGGCUUAUCGGGACCUCUGGGUGAACUAUUUGAUCAUGGAUUAGAUUCGUAUACAGCUGUCUUGAUACCCACAUGUUUGUAUAGUAUAUUUGGUCGUUCCGCAAUGUAUUCGGUGGCACCCAUGCGUAUGUAUUAUGUCUGCCUGAUGGUCUUCUUCAAUUUCUAUGUAUCGCAUUGGGAGAAAUAUAAUACGGGUGUAUUGUAUUUACCCUGGGGUUAUGAUUUGAGCAUGUGGGGCUCGACAGCUAUGUACCUGAUCACAUGGUGGUUUGGCUUUGAAUUCUGGAAGCGUGAGCUGCCGUUUGGCAUUGCAUUGGGCAGUGCCAUCGAGUUUGUGCUGCAUAUAAGUGCCAUGGCUAAUAUGCCCAUGGUGGUUGUAAAUAUUUAUAACUCUUAUGCUCAACGUACUGGCAAAAUGCGCAGUUUUAAAGAGGCCAUACGUCCCAUGUGGCCAUUUUUAACUUACAUGAGUUUACUGUUACUGUGGCCCCAUAUUUCCCCUAACAAUAUCAUGGAGAAAGAUCCCCGCGUCCUAUUUAUGUUGAGUGGCACUAUUUUCUCAAACAUCAGUUGCCGUUUAAUCGUUUCUCAAAUGUCCAAUACACGUUGUGAAAGUUUCCAUUGGAUGACCCCCAUUUAUGUUAUCUGUAUUGCUAUGGGCCUAUGGCUGCCCAGUUUAGAACGUUUUAUGUUAUACUUUUUAUUCAUUGUCACAACAUUGAGUCAUUGGCAUUAUGGUUCACAGGUGGUAAAUCAAAUGUGUGAACAUUUUAAUCGUAUUUGCUUUAGUGUUCAUAUGCGUAAAACAACGAAGAAAACAACCAACCCCUCCUCCUCCCUCAAAGUAAAUGGUGAUAAUGUAGCAACAACAACAAAUUCAAAUACUCCUUUAAUUACCAACAUCACCUCAUCAACUGCAACCGCAUUGUCUUCUACUUCUUCUAAAGAAGAAACAGCUAAAAAAUUGGAAUAAUAUAUUUAGUUAUUUAAGUUUAAACAAAAAAACAAAUUGUGUUUAUAUUAUAAAUAUUUUCAGGUUUUUAUUUUUCUUUUGCACAAAGUUUUAGUUUUUUUUUAAGUAUGUAUUAAUUUAUUUAUUAUGGAGGCUGUAAAUUUUGAGAUUAUGGCUUAAGCUUUUAUUAUAUUUUAGUUAAAGUUAGUUUAUAGUUUGUUUUUAAGCUUAAAAAAGAAAUAGUCAGGUUACGAUUUGAUCGAACAAAGUGAACUAAAUAAGAUCAAUUAUUGUGAAAUUUGUAUUUUUUUUUAUAAAAUUUAGAAUAAGUUUUGUCUGUUUUUGUAAUUAUUUCUUUUAUAUUUUAUUUUUAUUUUUAAAGCUUUUUCUUGU